UGCCAGGCGCACGGCACUGUCGCAAAAUUUCAGGUCCACCACGGUCCACUGCAGUGUGCCAGAGCUGAGACACGGACCACGUUUCUACGAUCUCAGAGGCUGCCAUAAGCUGACCAUUCAAACCCAAACAGAUGGUGAUACUAGAUGUGUUGAUAGUAGGGGGCGGCCCUCACGCCCUGACCCUGGCUAGCUUGCUAUCCAUCCCAGACCCUGACCCAAACUCAGACCGGGGACAUGACUCGCCCCUCUCACCCUCCUGCUCCGACCGUCCGAGGUCUCAGCCAAACCCAGAAACGUCCAGCAACAAGCGUUGCUGUGGCAAAAAGAAAAGGAGGACAGCAGCUGUCUCUGCAGGCCAGACGCUGGAGGAGCAACUGGCGAACUCAAACAUUUCAGAGAGGCCUGUUUGCCCUCCACUGAGUCUCAGGGUGGUGGAUGCCUACGGAGAGUGGGCCGCUCUGUGGGAGAGUCAGUUCACAGCUCUGAACAUCCCUCAUCUCCGCUCACACACGCUGGUGCACACCGACCCUCUCAACAAGAGCGCACUUCAGCAGUUUGUUUUAAAGCACAAGCGUUCAGCGGAGCUCCACAGCCUUCCAGACCAGGUUUACAUCCUGGAUGAAAAUGCGUUCUUCAACGACACGCGGCUCGGCAAGAAGGAGAGGAAACGGCUAAACGUCGCCUCGACGCUAAAGAAGAGUUUAUCCUUCAGUUUGCCGGGAACCAGGCUAAGUGUGGAUUUCUUUAAAGAGCAGGUAGAGAGAUACAAGUUGGCCGAAGUGCUGGUGAAGGGAACAGUGGAGCACAUCACCCCUGUGACUGAGGUGGAGGAUGGAUGGAUAAAGGAGCAGGAAACGGGGGCUGAGGCGAACAGAGUGACUGAAAAGAAUGGAAACGGGACCAGGAACAGAGCGAAAUACUUUCAAGUACAACUUCAAGAAGGGGAAAUCUUAAAAGCCCGUCGGGUUGUUAUGGCAACGGGUCCGACCCGCGCCCAGAUGGCAAACAUCCCUUCAUGGGUGAAGAGCAUCGGAGAGAGCUACCCAGAGGGGCGCUUGCAACACACAGUUCAUCUCAUGCACCAUCUGUCCAACGCCAAGCAAAAGUUUGGAGAAAAACAGGCUCUUCCCACUCGAGUGUGUGAGACAGGGCACAGAGUCAUGGUAGUCGGUGGAGGUCUGACCAGCGCUCACGUCGUCUCAAUUGCCCUGCAGCAAGGUGCCAGCCAUGUGACGUGGGUGAUGAGGAAGCACCUCCAGCUGAAGCAGUUUGAUGUGGGCGAUGUGGAGAGCCUGGUGGGACGUUACUCCCACGUGGAGCACGGCAUCAAGAUGGACGGCCAGGCGUACCUGCGACAGUUCUACAAUGAGCGGAGUCUCCACAAGCGGCUGGCCAUGAUACGCCAGGCAAGGAAAGGUGGCGCCGUCACGCCAGAGGCCUACAUCCACCUGCAGCCAUUCAUCCUGACGGGACAGGUGGAUGUGAAGACAUACUGUCAGGUAGAUGAGGCCAGCUGGUGCUACAGGGAUCAGGCCUGGAGCCUUUCUCUCAGUACUGGCGCUCACUGGACUGGAGAUAUGAUUUGGCUCGCUACCGGCUGCAAACUUGAUGUGAAACAGGACCCGUUGCUUUCUGAGGUGAUGAGAGAAUUCCCAGUUCAGGUGAUAGAUGGAUGGCCGUGCAUAUCGGAAAGCUUACAGUGGACAGAAGGGUGUCCGCUCUACUUGAUGGGGCAGUACACCGCUCUCCAGGUUGGACCUCAUGCGAUAAACCUGGCUGGUGGACAGGCCGCCAGCAUGCGAAUCGCCAAGGACAUUAUACGCCGUCAUCAACAGGACACUGAUCAGUCUUCUGAACCCAGAGAGGAGAAAUCAAAAACAGAAGAAUACAUUCAGCAGAUGCGAGGCCUGUUAUGGCUCUAAUCUUUCCCUUUAGCCUUAAAAUGUUGUGUGAGCAAGUAUCUGUCCCUCAUUAUCCAGGGCAAAAUGACAGUUCAGUGUUAAAUAAACACAUUUGUAAGGAU